CGCGAGGAACUCUGACGCUCAAGAGGUGAAGUGAAGCGAGAGUGUUUUUCUACGUCGACGCUGUCAGGGUGGCACAGAAAGAAAGAAGGGAUUUUGGCUCUUAUGAGAAAAUGUUAUCACAGCUUACAUAUAGCUUUAUUUGAUGGCGUGGUUAUUGUUGUAAAUCCAGCUCGGUUUCCUCUGAUGACUGCUUGUCACAUCUGACGCCGCUGGAUCCCAGUUUUCAGCACCUGGACAGCUCCUCUUCUCCUCAUUAUCGGGCACAUGGAGUCCCUGGUGUGAUUGUGGGGGAAGCCCUGCGAGCACAUUAUGCCUCCCUCCGAAAUAGACUGCGUUUUCUCCCUGCUUCAGUGACAACGUCGUCGUCGUCUCUGCUGGAUGAAGGAUGCUGCUUUCAGUCCGGAGGAGGUGUUUUCUUCGUGCGCUGUCUUACGGGUGCUCGGCCAACGCAAAUUUGGGGGGAAUCGCAGCCUACACACAGCCAGAUCCGAGCUUCCCUCACACUGAUUAUCACCAUCAUCAUUAUCAUCAUCAUCAUCAUCGGCGAGGAGGGAGAUAUAACCAUCAUCUCUGCGAGGGCAAAGGAGUCACGACAACACUUUGCACGAUGUAGAGCUCGGAAACAGAAGAGGUGAGUGGUAGGAGCCAGGUCUCUGCAGUGUUGAAAUCCCAUUUCACACAAGGGGUCGUUUAGUGUGGACGUCUAUUUGAAGGAACGAUACCUCAACAUGAGCAACCCUCAGGCUCCUCCCCAUGCCCGAGGCUCGGAGCUGGAGGUGAUCUCUCAGCAGGUGGAGGAGGACAACCAAUGUGUGGCCCCCACCCAGCUAGUCAGCUUGGCCUACAGAGACUUGCCUUUGGCUGCCCUGGACAUUUCCCUUGCUGGAUCCCAGCUCAUCUCAAACCCAGAUGAAGAGGACAACAGAGAGGGGUCAAACUGGCUGAAACCAUGCUGCGGGCGCAGGGCAGCACUGUGGCAGGUCUGUUUGCUGUCAGCGGGCUUUAACUGUUUCCUGGUGGCCUGUGUCAUUCUGGUGGUGCUGCUGCUGACACUGGAGCUGCUCAUAGACACCAAGCUGUUGCAGUUUAAUAAUGCAUUCCAGUUUGCCAGCAUCAUCCACUGGAUCAGCCUGGCUAUUCUCUCUGUGUUCUUCACCGAGACGGUGUUCAGGAUCGUGGUGUUGGGGAUAUGGGAUUACAUAGAAAACAAAGUGGAGGUGUUUGAUGGAGCUGUCAUCGUUCUUUCUCUGGCCCCCAUGGUGGCCUCCACAGUGGCUAACGGCCCCAGCAGCCCCUGGGAUGCUAUCGGCCUCAUCAUCACACUGCGCAUCUGGAGGGUCAAGAGGAUCAUUGACGCCUAUGUCCUGCAAGUGAAGGUGGAAAUGGAGCUGGAGAUCCAGCAGUAUGAAAAAGCCAAAGCAGUGAGGGAGGAGCAGCUUGACCGUCUCACCCAGAUCUGCCAGGAACAGGCAUUUGAAAUCAGGCAGCUGAGGGCCCACCUGGCCCAGCAGGACCUGGAUCUGGUAGCAGAGCGUGAAGCAGCCAUGCAGAUCCACCAUAUGUGGGGUAAACAGAGCAGCAGUUUCCAGGAGGUGGAUGGACUGGCCCCAGGGGCCUCAGAACCUCAUGGGCCAAAUAAGACCAGAGAGCCUGGUGGGGCUGCAGAUCACCAUGGUCAAGAUGACAUGAACAACUACAUUAGCCAGUACUACAGUGAGCCGAGCAGUGAUAUGGGAAUCCCGGACCCUGCUCGAGUCAUCACCACAGCAGCCAUAGAUGUGCAUCUGCCUAACAACCCCAGCCAGCUUCCCUCCUCUCUAGUGAGUGCUGACGCAGUGCUGUCCAGCCGCCUGCAGCGAACCGGCAGCUCAGUCAGCGAAGCCUCAACCACCACAGUGUCCCGCUCUAGCUUCAGCGCCCGACAGCACAGCAUCAGCAGCCACACGCUGGGCUCCACCACAGACUGCAGCUCCACGGUGCGGGAGGCCUCCACCUCCACGGAUUUCAGCGACCAACGCUGCUAUCCUCCGCCCUACAGCAGCCCUCUUGCAUUGGGCACUCAGCCCCGAGGGAGUCCCAGUGCUGUGGUGCAGGAGCUGCUCUCAUCUCUGUCUGAGGACUCCUGUCUCACGCAGAAGGGCCUUGACCCUGUUAACCUGAAACCACCCAGCCCAGCUGGUUCUACCAAAACCAGCCCUGAGCUGGAGCACAGGCUCAACAUCUACAAUAGGAGGAACCAGGAGAGCAGAAUUGGGCUGCUCUCCAAGCCUCUGAUCCAUCUGCAGAGCAACGAGCCUCUUCUUGAGGAGAAGUACAGGAUGAUGGAGCCAGUGGAUGCUCCGGUUAGCCGCCUGUCAGAAACAUAAAACUCUGCCUGACUUGUCGAGCUUCAUGUGACUCUUUCUUCAGGUCACCUGCAAAAAUUAACACUCUAAUAAACUCGGGUGUUUGGAGUCCUGGGCUCGAUCCAGAUCCUCUUUGUAGUGAUUUAACUGAGAGGAUGAACCCACCAUAGCAGCACAAAAACAAAAUGAGAUGGAAGACUUGAAGAAGCAGACUUAUUAUGAGGUACCACUCAUCAGGAAAUGACUUUCACAAAAACACUUUUUUGAGUUUUAUGAAAAAUUUACAAAGAGAAACCAGCAAAAAGGGCUCAAGCCUGACAUUUUCAGACUCCUGGUUUUUGCAGAAUAACAUCUGGCUAAGUUGUGGAUUGAUUUCUAUGACGCAGAGGAGAUGCUGGACUGAUCAGAUCAUAAUUAAAGGGCAAGAAACUAUGAAUAAAUUCCUGCAAGCUACAAGGCAUGGAUCUAUCACAACUGCAGGUGUAUCCGCUGUUUAAAAAAGUCGAUGUAGAGUCUCCAAAUACACGGAGAGCAGUCCUCUUCAGCAGGGUACAUUGGAUCACAUCUUUCUUAUCUUUGUCUUUCUAUAUUAUCAAUGUUAACAUUUUUAUCAAAAUUCUAUAAAUGUAGAGUGGGUCAAACUUUUCACUGGUGGAUGAUUUGAGCUUUUGGUUCCGAUUUAGAGUUUUUAUCUUGGUACAAUGACAAAAAAAAACAGUGCUUACUGAGAUUUUGCAAAUACAGCAUGUCCUUCUCACCCCUAUUUGAUUGAAAACCUACCUGUACAUGAUGGUGUUCCCGUCAUUCAGGUCUAAAAUGUCACCUUUCUAAUGGUUUUAAUGUCUUGACGCUGUGUAAAUAUUUCAGGAUUGGUUUGAUCUUCAUUUCACAGCAAAAAAAAAGUGAGGGACAAGAAAAUGUCUUAGAAAAUUCAAGCAUGAACCUUCAGAUUUUGCCUCUUAAAUAAACUAAAAAUUGAAUUGUCAGUAGGCAUUUUCUAUCUUGAUAACAGGAAGAGGGCAUUGUAAAAUGAAUCCAAUAAA